UUCAGGCCGCCGGUCAUUGUUUGAUAUCCCAUGAUUCAGCACAACCAGUGCCAAGAGUCCGAGAUUCACAAUGAGGACAGGCUGUGGUGUGUGCUUGAAGCGAGGGAGGGGGGAGGGAGAGAGAGAGAGUCAGAGAGACAGACUGACAGAGAGACAGAGAGAAGAGAGAAGUAACCUUUUCUAGUAUGCAAGCUUUUCCUGUAGGCCUAAUGUUCAUAUGUUCAUGAUGCACGGUACAGCAACAUACAUUAUGCCUAUAUUUAUGUACACAAAUAGAUUAUAUACUUGCAGACCUGCUUGUGUUUAACUUUGCUGUAUCAUAACUCGAGCUCUUUUAGUAUACAUCAUCUGUUGACAAUUAACGCCUCAGUUGUUUAUACAAAUACACCAAGAAAAUACUUAUUUCACUUCCUUUACAUAUCCACAUAUAAGGCACAAAUCUUCCAUGGUAUUUUUCAUGAAAUAUAAUUACAGUCCAGUCCAUCAGCCGAGGUGGAAUGCGCUAUCUUCCCAGGAUGAGUGAUUUGCGCAGUUGGAGAGGACCAAAGGAGUCAAAGUGUACAUUACCUGAAGUAUAUUUUGUCACGAAAAUAAAUAUUUAUCAAAUUGUAUUCCAGAAAGGCAUCCUAGUACCUCUGGAGUGAUCAUUAGAGGAGAUUCUGAGUGAAAGACGUCUUGCAAUAAGACGAUUGUCCCAGCAGAUGGCAGUGUUCGAGAACAUCUGGUAAAUAGGCUAUGGAUUAGAAUCGGUUAGAUGAGCAUUCCUGUAGGAUGGUAUAACAAACAGGACACAAUGAUGACUUAUUCAGGAAUUAGCCGCCGAAGUGCAUUCAAACCAAACCAGGAUUAUUUCUCUCAUCCCUGAUUAUUUAUUUAUUCAAAGCCUAAGACGUUUCUAGAUGUGUAUUUAUUCGGUUUAUCCAAUAUUUGAGCAGUUUUGUAUUGGGAAUUCCGCUGGCCGGUUGCCUUUGCCUAGGCUACUUCCCCCAAGCCCAUGCCUGAUCUAAGGUUUCUCACGCCAGUGAUAUUGGGCAGCAUUAAUUGAUUUAGGAUAAUGCCUGCAUAGCUGGUUAAGUAAACCAAACAUUCGUGCAGCCUGUCCACCUGGUGGACAUUAUUUUUAACACACACGCAUCUGUCUCAACUCAUCAGUUGACACUGGUAACGGCAUUGGAUUACCAAAGAAAAUGCAAGCAAGCCUGUCAAAAUACAGAUAAUAGGCCAAGUUUUCUUGAGCUAUGUUGAAUUAUCUGACAUUAUUAAUGUGUAGCAUGCAGUCUUAAUUGACUUGUUAAAAUUGCAACAAGUGUGCUAUUUUCCCCCGUAAGCGCAACAUGCUUGAUGAAGCUGUUACCAAUCACUCAAGGUAGACCGACAAGGCAUUACCGGGGGGAUGGGGAAAAUGUCAAGAGUAGAGACGGGGCGGACUUCAAAGACAGCAGUGCUCUGCUACAAACCGGAUAUCUCUCUCCCCGAGAAUUAUAUUUUGGAAUACUUUAGGCUACCGUCUCCAAACUAAAGACGAACUUUUGCUGUAAUACAUUCAAAUGCAGUUGUAUUGCUUAUGGUGAAAAGCAAUACAAACACCUCAUCGCGUCUUCUGGAUGGGUUUUACCUUGCUGUCAGAUGCCCAAGUUUGUUUUGACAUGGAUUCCUUAACCAUCGUUACUUGGCGUUAUGUGGCCUAAUUGGAAAAGCAGCGAAGUCUGUAAUUUAACCUAAAUUACACAGACCAACACUUCAGUGUGUCAGCGGUGGACCACACUCUUCCAUCAUGCAAUGGGUUAAAAUCAUUUUGGCAUUAAUUGCCGUCAGCAUCGGGAUAUGCGACAGUUUUCCAAAUUACAAAUACGAGGAUAUUGAUGAGGAUCUCGCCACCUUUGAUUAUUACCGAGCCAUGGUUGAAAUGGAUGAAAGGAAUUCUACAGACUGUGCCGAUUGUGUCCCAGAGCUUUGUCCGCAGACAGCUGGCUGUCGAGCGGGUGUCGUUUUGGAUAGCUGCAAAUGCUGCUUGGAAUGUGGGAACCUGGAAGGACAAACGUGUGAUCUGGAUGACAAAAAUGUGUACUAUGGUUUGUGUGGUUCUGACCUCGAGUGCAAGCUCGACUUAGCAGAGUCAGUAGAUGGCGAGGCACCGGAGCCGCAGUGUGUAUGCGUAUCGCAAGAGCCCUUGUGCGGUUCGGACGGAAAGACUUACAUGAAUAAUUGCAAAUAUAAAGAAGCUAAGUUUUCUGACCCGACACUCAACGUAACCACAGGUCCUUGCAAAACAGUCCCUAUCAUCAAGGUGCCCCCACAUGACCAUGUGAACGUCACGGGAAGCAGCAUGGCGCUCCUGUGUGAGGUCUUUGCCUAUCCCAUGGCCCUGGUGGAGUGGAGGAAAGACGGUCGUGAUAUCGUCCUUCCUGGAGAUGACCCGCACAUCUCCGUCCAGUCUCGUGGAGGCCCCCAGAAGUACGAGCUGUCCAGCUGGCUCCAGAUCGAGGAGGCCACUCAGAUGGACUCGGGCACCUACCGCUGUGUGGCCCGCAACGAGCUUGGCAACGCCUCGGCCUCCGCUAUUCUAGGAGUCCUGCCUCCAGAUGAAAUGUCCACUUACGUGGACAAUAUGAAAGAGAUGAUGGGAUUGGGUCUGUCAAAAGACUACGAUGAAGACUAUUACUGAAGCACAGGGACAUUCAGUCAUAAAGAAUCAACAACCAGCUUUCAAAUGAAGGACAGAUUCCUCAGUGGAACAGUGGGACUUGUUGGUUCAUCAACAGUGCAGUCACCAACACUACGGUACAUUGGUGCUUCCUCUAAAAUACCAUCUGAUCAAAACAUUGAGGUCUCACACUAAUCAUACUAAGCAUACCAUCUGGAAUACAUUUUUUUUUACUCUUUUAUUUUCAUUUUGUUUUUAUUUGUGUAACUAUGAAGAAUGGCUUGGGGCAGGAAGGACAGCUUUUUGAGAAACACCACAGCAGUCAGUGUCCUAUGAGGACAGUGACACAAACGUUUCAUGAUACCACUGGUGGUGGCAGGGGAUUUAACACACACACACACACACACACACACACACACACUGUGCUGCACCCGGCGUAUGUGUGCGUUGGGGCAGCUGUGUCUCGACACCCACAACGAUGAAUGCCUCCAUUGUUUCAUGGACUGCCCCAUUGCAGUCCAUAUUUCUGACUGACCAUAAAACAGGGUGAACUUCUGUAGGGUGAACUUCUGUAGUACAUUCCAACUGAUCUAAAGCUAUUUCAAUGGGAGAAGAAGAAAAACCAAUAACCCCCACUGUCAUCUUUGUUUUUUUUUCUUUUUUUUCUCCCUUUUCUGUCCUUUGAACAACGUUUGGGGGUAUCCGUUUCACCCCCCCCCCCCCCCCCCCCCCCCCCCCCAUGUCUUGUGCCGGCAUAAUGUACAAAUGCUAACUUGAAUUUAUUGAGGAAUACUGAGUUGGUCCUUUUCCUCUGCACCUCAUCUGGAGAGAAGCGUAUUUCAGGCUCUGACUUUGUGUAUGUUUCCACAUGUAUCCAUAUGUGCUCCUGUUACACACUGAACAUGUAUGUGUGUUUGUCUAUGUCUGGAUUUUAGUGUAUGCUUAUGUAAAGCACAUGGAUGAACAACCAUGCGUAUGGGUGUGUAUGUCUGUGUGUGUUUGGAUGUAUAUGUGUGUUUCUGUCUACAUGUGAUCAAGCAUGGGUAUGAAAGAGCAGACAAAACUGUCUUUGUGUGUUUAUCAUUGUGUGAUUGUUUGUCCUCCUGUGUGUGUGUGUGUGUUUCUAUAUGUCUGGAUUUUAGUGUAUGCUUAUGUAAAGCACAUGGAUAAACAACCAUGCAUAUGGGUGUGUAUGUCUGUGUGUGUGUGUUUGGAUGUAUAUGUGUGUUUGUGUCUACAUGUGAUCAAGCAUGGGUAUGGAAGAGCAGACAAAAUUGUCUUUGUGUAUUUAUCAUUGUGUGAUUGUUUGUCCUCCUGUGUGUGUGUGUGUGUGUGUGCAUGUGUGUGCGUUUUCAAGUCUGAGAUUGAGGAAGUCCACAGAUGGUUUUAAUGUAUCUUGAGAGUGCUCAUCUGUGCAGACAGGAGUAUGCGUUUACACUCACAUGCCCACAGGGUGCUCCUGGUCAUCCAACUUGAUGAAAAAAUGAACUACAGCAGACCUGAUAUUGAAAGAUAAUCUUCAGACAUAUGUUGGCACAAGGUAUGUUUUAGAAACAUCACCGAGACAGAAAGAGCUGGUACUGGCAACAGUCAUUGUGAACGUAGCUUUGUCAGGUCUUGGCCUCACCUCUAUGCAGAGUAAAGGAGCUUCACAGGUAAAAGCUUCAAUUAUUCUCCGAAUAACGUUUAAUUUCUUUCACUGUCUUUGUUUCUUAGUUCUGUAGUUUUUUUCCUUCUUCUGAAAUACUUGUUAUUCACUGUUGAGACAAGCUCCAAAGUCAGGAAGAUUAAUCCCCAUAUGCUAUUUAUAUUUAUGAUACUGAUCUAUUAUGUGAUGUUAGCUCCUUGCUGUGGUUAGUAUAAUGUUUUCCCCAGACUUUCUCAUUCAGUCAUGUUUGCUUCUACAUUCUUUGG